AUACAAAGGAAAUGCACGAUUGACCGUAUUAUUCUUUGCAGAAAUGAGGGAACAACAACAAAAUCUGACUCAGUUACAGAUACAAUAAAGACUAAAUCAGACGAAUAAUUACUGAUGUCUUCUCUUCAAGAAACCAGUUCAUGUUUCACUUUAAUUAACCCCAGCCACUGAAGGUGAAUUACAUUAGCCUAUUUGAUUUUGGCUCAAAAUUCGUUACGUAGCGAAAGCGUUUCCCAGGAGACUGAAGGUGAGGGUCUAAAAUUAACGGCUAUCCCUAAAAAACAUACUCUGUGUGACGCCAUUGCUACGCGACGGACUUGUAGUUGCCAUAAGAGCGAAAAAUCUGCAGCGGUCCGGCUCCGGGCUCAACUCGUCUCCGUACAGACCUGUUAAAACUGAAAUAAAUUCCUCCUGUCGGUUUCACGUACACCGUAGACUGUAAUCCACCGUUCCUUAGAGGUAUUUGCGUUUUUCUUUGAACCGGAAGACCUAAAAGAAAUCAAAGUUCGCAAGGAGGUGACAUCUGGCUGCUCCACACCUGACUUCAUUGAAUGAGGUUUAACACCAAUUAGCAUUUGUUUUGGUUCGAUAGCCAUACAAUAUCAAACACACCCUACUGUCAGUCAGAAGCAGCUGGACACAUACUCUUAUAAAUCUGCAGGUUAACGGUGACGAGCUGGCGCAGGUCGUGGGUUGUCCGUGGAUAAUGCGAGACAGUGGCGGUAGCCUGGCCCAGAACUGCUGGCAGGGAGACCUGGGUCUGACCGCAGUGGGACAGGACGACACAGGAGGAGGUGGGAUUCCUGGAGACCACCUCAUCGUCCCAGUGUCAGGCCACAGCGUGCCCAGCUCCAUGCACCUCAGGCUGGGGCAGAAAGAGAAAGUGUGGACCCGCGAGUAUGUAGAUAAGGAGGAGGAUGACGGGAUGGGAGGGAUUGAGGCGAUAGGUGACGACGACGACGAAGAAGAAAACAAUCUGGACGGGGAGGACAAGGGCGAGUUUUCAGGCAAGGAUUGGGAUAACAAUGAGGAGGAAGACGAGGACGAGGAGGAAGAGGAGGAGGAGGAUGUGGAAGAGGAAGGAGACCAAGCAGAAGUGGAGUGGGAGAUCCCAGACUUUCCCUUCCAGUCCACCCAUCAGCCUCAUUCACAACCACAUCCACAUUAUGGACCACAGCAGAAGGCAGAAGACGGUGGUGAUGUCACUGUAGAGGAUUCCCUCUCCCAGGCUGAGGCCGGGGACCUGUUCAGGUCCCACCUGAGCCGGUACAGGGCUCUGAGGAGGCUCCGGCGCUGGCAGCGUUUGCGAUCCCACGGAGGCCUCGGAUUUCGGCUCACUCAGCACUGGAAGAGCUGGCGCCAGCGGGCCCAGUGGGUGUGCUUCCUCGGGCACCGGUGGAGCCGGAGAGGGCAAAGGUACAAUCUGUACGGCAAGCAGAGGAGGAUAAAAAGGUAUCAGCAGUCACCAUACACCGACGGAGAGGACGACAGCACCGAUGAGAGGUUCACGGAGUCUGACAGAGAUAAGAAGAUAAAUGGCUGUCCUCCAGAGAAGCAGGAGGACAGAGGGAGGCGGGAAGUGGAGGUGAAACCAGUGGAACUGUCUCUUACGCUUACUGAAGAACACAUGAGCUGUGUGACUGGUAUCCUGGAAGAGUCUCUACAGCAGUACGGCAGUCUGAUCCCCAUCCACGUGGACGACAUCGUGGAGAAGCUGCAGGACAUCUUCACUGAGAGCUUCUCUCAGCCACACAGGAAAGCAGUGGUUCAGCACCUAAUACAGUCCUUCCAGCGUUCGUCAGGAUCAGCCCUGGCUAAAACAUUCAGGGUCAACUACAAACGCCACGUCCUGACGAUGGACGACCUGGGUACUCUCUACGGACAGAACUGGCUCAACGACCAGAUUAUGAACAUGUAUGGAGACCUGGUCAUGGACUCUGUGCCGGAGAGGGUUCACUUUUUCAACAGCUUCUUUUAUGAUAAGCUACGGACAAAAGGCUAUGAAGGAGUCAAACGGUGGACAAAAAAUGUCGACAUCUUCCAGAAGGAUCUGUUGUUGAUCCCGAUCCACCUAGAGGUUCACUGGUCUCUGGUCAGUGUGGACAUUCCUCGUCGCGCCAUCACUUACUUUGACUCUCAGCGGACCCUCAACAGACGCUGCCCGAAGCACAUUUUUAAGUACCUUCAAGCAGAGGCCAUCAAAAAAGACCAACAGGACUUUCUGACGGGAUGGAAAGGCUUUUUUAAAAUGAAUGUGGGUCGUCAGAACAACGACAGUGACUGUGGGGCUUUUGUGCUGCAGUACUGCAAGUGUCUGGCACUAGGGCAGCCGUUCAGCUUCGGCCAGCAAGACAUGCCCCGGCUGAGGAGGCAAAUGUACAAAGAACUCUGUCACUGCAAACUCAUCCUGUGACCACCCACCCCGACCCGAGCCCCCCCACUCCCCCCAUCUUCCACCUGCUCCCGCCCCUAACCCCAGCAAGAUGGAGGGACAAUGAUAUAACAAGAAGAGGACACGGGGAGCAAAUGAGUGACUGGAAAAAGAGAAACUUUUCAAAAACUUUAUUUUUCUCUGCCAAUAUCCAGAGAAACUACUUCUACUGUAGGUGAUGUCAUUGUUUUGCUUUGUUUUGUCUCUCUUUGCUUCCCUCUCUCCACCCUUUGACAACUCUGAUUUAAUGUCCAGGUUAUUCCUUUGUGGUUGACAGAGGCCAAGACUAGCUUCAUGUGCUAAUCUUCCAUCCUGUUGUAGUCCAUGUGUGUUUUUCAGUCUGAAUGGACGCAUGAAAAAGAUCUGAGAUAUCUAAAGAACCAGUCCAGAUGAAGGACUGGACCACAGUUAGUCCAGCGUGACUUUUAACUUUAAGAUGCCUGAGUGGUGAGUGCAGAGGCAGCAGAAUGAUUUGAACCAGUGUGUGUGUGAGCCUUUAUCCAUCCGGUCCAUACAGGAAGUCGUGUUCAUUCCAAAAAGUCAAAGUGUGAAACUCUCAUUCGACAUCUUUGGAAAAACAAGGAGAUUCCUUGAAACACACUCCCCCAUGCUACAGCCAAUGUUAUGUUGACAAUGCUCUCUCUCUAGUCACCACAUAAUGUUUGCCACUGUAGUGCGACGUGACAUUUCCAGUGUAUAAUAUCUGUUUGACAGUCUCCUACCAGACAUUUAGAUGGAUUUAAACCGAUGCUGAGAAAAGGAACUUUGGUGCGUGGUUGAUGCUGCAGCGUGUGACGAGCUGUUCUGAGGGGAAAUCAGAAUUUACAACAUCCAUGGAACACACCACACACUGACACCCCCACCCCCCACCCCCCACCCCACUCCCCGUGCCAGAAACUUCCUCUGCCUCCAUCUGUCUUCCCGGUCAGACGCACGGGAGACAGGGUCCGCAUCUGUCGACCGCCGCCCAAACAAGCCACGCUUGGCCUAAAGAAGGGGGUAGCUUUACAUUGCAUUUAUCUUUUUCUGUGUUUUCUCUCUGUCAGUAAAUGUGUUGAUAUGCUUCUUGCUUUAAACAAAUGGUGUUAAAAGGAGGACUACUAAUUUGUGUUGUUUUCGGUGUAGGUACAAAAGAGAUCCUCUGGUUAGUGUUUCUUUGACAGUUUGAGAGCCAUUUGGUGAGGACCACGACAGCUACACAAUAGAUUAAGCAUGUCCACAACGGAGUUACAGUACCCUCCUCUUCUUUUUAUAACGAAAGACAAAUUUGUUGAUAGCUGUGUUUUUUGUUUUUGUUUUUUUUUUUUUUUUUUGUUUUUUCAAACGAGUUGAUGCAACAGAGUUGACAGUUUUAUAUAUCUUCUACAAUGCAUUAUGAUUGAUAAAAAUAAAAAUACGUGGCAAACGA